GCGAAUAGGCCACUCAGUCGGUUGAGUGAAGUUGAAGUCUGUUGAAGUUGCCACCAAAAGUCGCAUGUGAUUUAUAGAAAAGUGCUGAAAGUAAUUAAAUAUUACAGUUUUACCUAUAUACAGUGUUAUAUACUACAGAAAACAUACAUUUAUAUAUACUUUGAAGUAACUUACAGUAGAAUUUAGAGGUUUGAUAUCGACGAAAUCGGAAAUACAUAAAAGCUUACAACAACCGAAAUGUUCACCAAGGUUGCCAUACCAUCUGCAUUAUCCUUGCGGCUUUUAUUUGCAGUUGCUCUACUCAUAUUCGUCGCGUCGCCAGCCACACCAGCUAAAAUACCGAUAGCAGAGAAUGACGGGGCUGUGCUGCGAGGCCAAGCCGUCAUUGAUGCGGUGCCCCUGGCAGAACGCGCCGCAUUCAUUCGCUACAAUCUGGCUAAGGCAGUGAGUCGUUUUAACUCCACAGCUAACAAUGCCACAGGCCGCAGUGCCGAAUCACGUCUAUUUCUGCAACCCAGUGCUUUGCUGAGUCCGACACAAUUGCUGGAAUUCGAGAACAUUCCCACCUAUCCGGAAUUUGGCGAAGAUGUAUUCUACUGGCUGCGCGAUACUCUAGAGGUGACUGAGGAUAAUAUAUACUCGCUAUUAAAUAAUCGUUCUGGAGGGUUUCUAAUAUGCACCGAGGAUGGUAUUUGUUUUGACGCACCAGAUUUAGGGAUCUGCUGCCCUUUCUAAGAAACCCUUUAAGAAGCCAAUGAAGAAUCUAUGGAACCUGGAGGAGAAAUGGGAAAUGUGUGGAAUAUGACUUGAAAAAUUCAAAAAUAAUAUAAAUAAUGCAAAAGAAAAUUGUAAAAUUAAAAUAUAUACAUAUAUUAAAAACUCUUUGCAUUGUAAAAUAAAGCAGUCUGGCAACGCCCUGCUCAUAUAUUGCCACUACUUUUAUUAUAAAAUUAUAUAAUAAAACUUUAUCGACUUUAAAAUAAUGAUCA